AUGGCGGCGGCGGUGGUGCUUCGGAGCCUGGACGAGCCCGUUCCCCAGGACCUGCCGCCGGCCACGGGGUUACUGGUGGCUCCGGCUAAGGGAGCGUGGGCAAAGGCCUGCCCGAGCGGCUUUCUAGUGUUGGCUGUGCGGCCGGCAGGGACUAAGUUGCAGCCGAUACUCUUGUGCGCGGCGCUACUGGAGGCAGAAGCCUCUGCUGCGCCGGAACUGUGGCUGAGCCGGGCCUUCCUGAGACGGCUGGGACUGAUCGCGGGCAGGACCGUGAGGGUCUGGCCUGUGCGGAGGCCGCCGCUGCUCGGCUGGGUGUUGCUGGGGUCAUCCGCGGCGGGAACCGCAGGGCGGACUCCUCGACCGUGGGCCGGCUCAAGCUCUAGCAUCCUCGUACGGCGCGGGGAGAUCCUGCCUGGCUCGGGGCUGCGCAUAUUGGAGAGUCGACCGGCUCUCCAGGGACUGCUGAGCAUUGGCACCCGCUUGGCUGUGACUGAAUUGCGAAGCGGCGCUGAGGGCCGGGAGCGGAGGGACCUGCGGACGCCUCUGGUUUCCGCGUGGGCGCGCGGCGGGGAGCGGCUGGUUAGGGCGCAGCGGGGCCACCCUGCGCUGUGGGGAGGAGACCCUGCGGUGGAUCAGUCUCUGUGGGUGACCCCUGGCUGCUUGCACGGCCUGGGCCUCUUCCAAGGAGAAUGGGUGGUAGUGCGGAGGCGCGAGGGAGACUUGCCGGGAUGCACGGCGCCCCAUUUGGCCUCUGUGCAGGUUCUCAGGCCCCAGUGGUAUUUCUCGCCUGGAGAAAACGACGAUGGGCACCACCAAGCAACAACUGCAGACGCCUUUCCCAACGAGAAUGCACUGAUUCCUGCCAGUUUGGCUUUCAAUCUCUCCUGCGAUCCUUUGGAAGGGAGCCUCCUGGAAAUACAGAGAUAUGGGGAAGCUGCUGGUGUGCAAGAGAUAAAAGGAAGUCGAUCUUUGCUAUCUGUGCCAGCCAUUGCCAAGGAACUACACAUAGAAAUUGUGGCUUCACCAACCUACAACACCAGAGGAAUCUAUGAUCAAAUUCUUUAUCAGCACUUUCAAACUCCCAGGCUUGUACAAGAGGAUGAUAUUCUUUGUCUCCCAACUGUUGGACAUCCUGAAUUCUUAGAAGAAAAUUCAAUAAAGUUUAUUAGAUGGCCAGAGCUGUGGUUCAGGGUAAAAAGGAUAUUACCAGCAGAGAAAAUACAGCAAAGUAUAGGGUACUUAGCUGAUACUCAGAAUACUUCUUUAUUCCUGGUAGGUUCUACAAACAGUGCUAUUCCAUCUUUUCCAUCUCAUAAUGGCUGUAGUUUCUGGAGCAGUUUGUCUCCUGCUGGGCUUUGCAGUGCAGUGAAACAGCUCUGUGACAUCCUUGGCCCUCAUUUACACAAUAGAGAAACUCUGCUAAAUGCAUCUGGAAGUAUUCUUCUUUCAGGACCCAGUGGUGUGGGGAAAAUUACAGCUGUUAGAGCUGCCUGUAGCCGCCUCAAUCUGCAUUUCUUCAAGGUGAAUUGUGUUGCUUUGUGUGGCGAUACAAGUGGAUCUACAGAAGUAAAACUACACAAUGCCUUCUCAGAGGCUGAGCUCUAUCGUCCUUGUGUCCUGCUGAUGAAAGAUGUAGAGCUGCUGGGAAGAGAUCGUGAUGGAUUUGGGGAGGACUCCAGGGUCAUUCUUGCAUUAAGGCACCUUCUUUUGGAAAGAGAGAUAAAUACUAGUUAUCCUGUGCUGGUGGUAGGCACAACAAGCAAACUUGCAGAUGUCCCUUCAGAUGUGCAAACGGCAUUCCUUCAUGAGGUGAAAAUUGAAGCACCAGCUGAAGAGCAGAGGAAGGCCAUUCUUAGUACACUAACACAAAAUUUUCCACUGGGCAAAGAAGUAAGCCUGACCAAGCUAGCCCAGCAGAGUGCGGGCUUUGUUCUAGGAGAUUUCUGUGCUUUACUUUCCCACAGCAGCCGUGCUGCCUGUUCAAGGAUGCAGAAUUCAAGCUUCCCAGGGGGACCAAAUGAAGAUGAAGAAUAUGAUUUUUAUGCUGCUGGUUUUCCUCUUCUAGCAGAAGAUUUCAGUGUUGCACUAGAUAAACUUCAUGAUGCUCAUUCGCAGGCAGUAGGAGCCCCAAAGAUUCCCUCUGUCUUCUGGCAAGAUAUUGGAGGGCUUCAGAAUGUGAAAAAGGAAAUCCUGGACACCAUUCAACUUCCAUUAGAACACCCAGAGUUAUUGUCUUUAGGCCUUCACCGCUCUGGCCUUCUGCUCUAUGGUCCUCCUGGAACAGGGAAGACAUUGCUAGCUAAAGCAGUAGCAACAGAAUGUACCAUGACUUUCCUCAGUGUAAAGGGUCCUGAACUUAUUAGCAUGUAUGUUGGGCAGAGUGAAGAGAAUGUCCGUGAAGUGUUUGCCAGAGCUAGGGCAGCUGCUCCCUGCAUUAUCUUUUUUGAUGAGCUUGAUUCAUUGGCCCCCAGUCGUGGACGAAGUGGCGAUUCACAGGGUGUGAUGGACAGAGUUGUAUCUCAGUUACUAGCAGAACUGGAUGGGCUUCAUUCUUCUCAAGAUGUAUUUGUUAUUGGAGCUACAAACAGACCUGAUCUGCUGGAUUCAGCUUUACUCAGGCCAGGCAGGUCUGGAUACUGAAAGCUCAGAAUUCACCCUUACCAUGGAGGAUUUUAUACAAGCUGCAACAAGGUUACAGCCUUCUGUUUCUGAGAUGGAGCUGCUUAGAUAUAAAUUGAUCCAACAAAAAAAUGCUGCUUGAUUUGAAACAAAUAUGACCAAGAAAGAAAUAUCCAUAUAACCCCAGAAGUACAGAAUAAAAGCUACCAUGAGAAUAUUGUUCUUAUUAAAAGAAAUAGUGAUGACUCAGUCACAAUCUGGUGGAUUCAUAUGAGUUAGAAAAAUGAGUUCAAGGCGUAGACCCGAGACUGAUGUUCAGAUGUGCAGGAUGUGUAGCAAAUUAAUCUUCAUUCAUACUUGGGACCGUUGCAUCUAUAAGGUGAUCAACAUCAGAAGGUGAUCAACAUCAGAUGGGAAAUCUUAGGCCCCUAAUAAUCUUAGCCUUUGAAUUAUGAGAGAAAUGAUUGUAAGUAUUUAAAGAUAUUAUUCUAAAUAAAGGCUGUUUUGCUUUAUCUGAAAAACAAAAAUGCUAUCUAAUUCACUGAGAAUCUAUCAUUUCUCAUAAAUGUGAAAUACAUGUGUUUUCUUUCUGGGUUUAAAAUGGAGAGAAUAGUAGUGGCUAGGACAGCAACUGAUAAAAUAUGAUUGUAAUGGUUUCUUGCAGCUGGUCUUACUCAAAUGCUGGCUCCUCUCUGAAGUAGCUUUGAGAAUUUUCUAACCUUUGGAAACCUCUGGAAAAUCAGAGCAUGAAAUUUGGAAUUCAGGCAACCCUACAUAUAUUAAUUUUAAAAUUGUCAAUCUAAAAUGAAAUCAUAGUUCUCUGCCACCUAUUCCCAUCACUAC